AUGCAGUGGUGUUCUCAUCGCUGGUAUGUGAUCUCCGGUGGUUGUGUAGAUCUGUGCCGCUAUGUAGAGCAUCUAUUCGUCAUUUUCUUCGUCACCAAACUUGGGAGACAGAUUCUCUACUCUUGGUUGGUUUUGGCUCAAAUGACUUCUAGAAGAAAUAUACCACUAGAACAUGAAGGACGUUCUGCAGAUGCUCCAGGCAUGAGGCGUCAUGAUCCAUUAUCUGCUUCCCGCCGACCUACAGAACCACUUUCUCCUGCAUUUUUAGAUAAUAAAUUUGUCUCACAGGCAGCAGAAUUAGAAACACUUUCUGUGGAUAAUCGUAAAUUGACAUCUGCCAAUAUUGCCUUGAGGCAGGAUCUUGUAGCUGCUCAGCAGGAAGUAGAGAAACUCAGAGAACAUAUAAGAAGUACACAAACAGAAGGUGAUAUUCAAAUUCGGAUUUUGUUGGACAAGAUUGCAAAGUGGGAAGCUAACAUCAGAGCAGGUGAGAGGGUUAAGAAAGACCUGCAACAGGCCCAUCUCGAAGCACGGAGCUUGGUGACAGCUAAGCAAGAGUUGAGCGGUCAAAUCCAGAAAGCCACUCAGGAUUUGGACAAAGCCUGUGAUGACUUGAAAAACCUUCCAGAAAUGAAUGCUGAACUCGAUAGGUUGAACCAAGAACACCAGAGGUUACGCAAGACCUUUGAGUAUGAAAAAGGUCUAAACAUAGAGAAAGUGGAACAGAUGAAGAUUAUGGAGAAAGACCUCAUUGGUAUGGUUGAAGAAGUGGAAAGACUGCGUGCUGAGGUUUUAAAUGCUGAGAAGAAGGCACACGAUCCAACCCCACAUGGUGGUCUGUACAUGAAUCCAACUCCUUUACAUCCACAUCCGAGAAAUGCAAAUGUGGGUUUUAUGGACGGUUAUGGUAGACCUCAUUACAUGGGUGGUGGAGCUGUGGGAGAGGUAAUGAUUCCAUAUGGCAGUAGCACUACUGCUGCCGUCAACGUCAAUCCUGCUUGGGGAGGAUCAUAUGAUAUGUCUCAUACUCUGCAGUGA